CAUCACCCCAUUUGUGUUCCUAUAAAUUUGGUUCAAAGUUUUCAGUCAGAUCAUCAAGAACUUGAACGUGCCAAUGCCAGCUAAAAUCACAACGAGGGUGCCCAUGGGAGUUUCAGAGGGGGCUAAAAAUGUUGCCAUCAUCUUUGGGGUCACUGGACUAGCUGGGAGGGAGAUUGCAAGGAGUCUGGUUUCUUCAGAAUCUCCAUGGAAGGUCUAUGGCAUAGCAAGAAAUCCAGAAAUACAACCCAUCAUCACCAUGAAAAGUUGUAAUCCUUACAAUUUCAUUUCCUGUGAUCUGCUCAACCCUUUAGAAACUCACAAGAACCUGUCUCCAUUGCAUGAUGUGACCCAUGUGUUUUGGGUCACAUGGGCAAGCCAAUUCCCACUAGACUCACAACAGUGCUGUGAGCAGAACAAAACCAUGAUGUCCAAUGCCUUGAACACCAUAAUCAUGGUGGCCAAGAAUCUUAAACAUGUCUCUCUUCAGACAGGGACAAAGCACUACAUCUCACUUCAAGCCCCUUUUGAACAAAACCAAAAACUCCAUUAUUACUACCAUGAACAAGCCCCAAGGAUCGCCAGCAAAACCCCAAAUUUCUAUUACGCUCUAGAGGAUUUACUGAUGGAGAAACUCAAUGGGAAUAAUAAGGUGUUUUGGUCUGUGCACAGGCCUGGUUUACUCCUAGGAAGCUCAACCAGAUCAUUCUAUAACUUCAUUGGAAGCUUAUGUGUUUAUGGGACUUUCUGCAAACACCUUAAGAUACCUUUUGUUUUCGGAGGAACAAGGAAGUGUUGGGAAGAAUCAUACAUUGAUGGGUCAGAUUCAAGACUAGUAGCAGAACAACACAUCUGGGCAGCAACAAAACAAGACACAGCUUGUUGCAGAAAAGGGGAAGCUUUCAAUGCAAUCAAUGGCUCAAGCUUCACAUGGAAGGAGAUAUGGCCGAUUCUGGGGAAGAAUCUUGGAGCAUAUGUUCCUGAAGAAGAAGAAGAGAUGAUUGAUGAGGGAUUCUGGUAUUGCAGAGAGAUGGGUGAUGAGAAGAAAAAGAAGAAAUUGUGGGAAGAGAUUGUGGAGAAGCAUGGAUUGGUGAAGACGAAGAUGGAAGAUUUGGCGAAUUGGGAGUUUCUUGAUGCGUUGUUUAGAUUCCCUGUGAAGUUAUUGGUGAGCCGAGACAAGGCUGAUGGGUUUGGUUUUGUUAAAAGAUGUAACACUUUGAAUUGUAUAUUGUAUUGGAUUGACUGCAUGAGAGAACAGAAACUGAUCCCUAGGCUGGAUUAUUAGAGUAGAAUAAAAAGAUGACGUUUAUCAAUGUUAUGGAUGUGUAUUUUCUUAGCAAAAGAAUUAAUGUAUCAACUUGUUAAGAAAAUAGAUAAAUGGAUUUUGUUUCAA